AUGGAGAACGACGAGUGGAUGCGCUCCGGCGCUGACGAGGCCGUGCGCGUGACUCUGCCGCCGCCGCCACUGCCGCAGCGCGGCGAGAGCGACUCCCGCGCACGCGACAACAGCACGCCGACGGCGCACACCCCCACGUUGAAGAUGACGAACCAAACUGCGGUCGAUCCUAGCAUUAGCCACACCGGCAGCGGCCACCACCGCCAAGCAUCCGACGGAGGUGCAGCCGAGGUGCCCUCCGCCCCCUCGCCGUCCCUCUCCAUCGUCGCUGCCGUGGCCUCCACCCUGACGGUCGCGCCCAGCCCGCUCUCCCCGUCGCCAUCCCCACUCCUCGCGCCAACGCCUACCUCAACCCUCGCCUCGCGGCCGCCGCCGCCGUCCACCGCCCGCCCCUGCGCACCGCCGUUCGCCGCCCACCCGUCCGCGCUGCGCUGCUGCCAUGCGCACAUGCGUCCGCGCGUUUGA